UGGAGUGGCAAAGACCAGUUUUUUGGCUUUGGAAAAACGCGGUAGAGAGAGAGAGAGAUGCAAUCUCUGCAACAGAAGGCCUCGGAGUGGAGCGGGGUUAAACUCGAGGAUGCCUUCGCCAUCGAUGAAACCAACCUCUUUCAAACCCUAGGUCUCCAAGCAUUCAUUGACCUAUCAACCAACUUCUAUGGCAGGGUUUAUGCAGACGAGGAAGAAUGGUUUCUUUCAAUUUUUUCCAAUUCAAAAAAGGAAGAUGCCAUCCGUAACCAGUAUGAAUUUUUUGUUCAGAGAAUGGGAGGCCCCCCCUUGUACUCCGAGAGAAGAGGUCAUCCUGCCCUAAUUGGGCGCCACAGACCAUUCCCGGUCACACACCAAGCAGCUGAAAGGUGGUUACACCACAUGAAUGCGGCCCUAGACACUACAUCAAACAUAGAUCCUGAUUCAAAGCUUAAAAUGAAGAACUUUUUCAGGCAUACUGCUUUCUUUCUUGUGGCUGGAGAUGAAAUGAAGAACCGGACACAGGGAUUUGCUUGCAAGCAUGGGGCUGCGAAGGCACCUACUAUGUGAAAAUUUUAUAUACAGGCAUGCAAGAUGAAAUUAUCAAUAUCAACAACAGUAAAUUAAUAAAAAACAACAGUAAGAAAAAGAAAACAGUCAUUGUACACACAUUUAGCAAUUGAUGAUCUGUUUAAUUGGUGAUCAUGUGGAAUUCAUGGUCACAUUUCCUUGGGCAAAAUUAAAUUUAAAUAUAUACGUAAAUACAUUAUAAUAAGAGCUAGUUUACUUUUAUUCCU